CGUGAACCUGCUUUCCUUAAUUUUAUCAAUCAUAUAUAUAUAUAUAAUAUUUAAAAAAAUAUAUUAAUAAUUAUAGAAAGUUAUGUAUAAUAAUUUAAUUUAAAAAAAUCAAUGUACACGUCAUAAAUAAUCCAGCCAAUAGUAGUGAAGAAGGAAGCUCAUCCUUUAUCCAUAUUUCCCUCCACAACCUUCUUCAUUUUCACUACCUAUAGCAAAGCUGCAUCUUUUUUCUUUCAUUCAUGGCGGCCAUGAAUUCCAACAUCCUCACCUUCAAUUAUUCAGUCUCGUCAACAGAACCCACCUCCAAUCUCUCUCCCACGCUUCCAUCAUCAUUAAUAUCACCAUCCCCUCUCUCUACAGCUAUAGUAAAAUGCCCAGGAAUCAGAUCUCAAUUACAGACUAGGGUUUCUGAUUCCAACAUCUCUAUUGCUAAUAAUAAUGGAAGAAGAAGAAGAUCUGCACUCCUCAGCCUUGCCGGCGUACUCUUCACCGUCGUUACCACUACCUCGUCAGCCAACGCCGGAAUCAGUAAAGCCAAUAAGGUAAAUCAAAAUUAUUUGAUUCUCAUGAAGGUGCUUUUUUCGCUUUCGAGUGAGGGUCGUUCUUCUGUAGCUUUCGAGUUAAGAAUGACUGUGCCAGAUCAGACCCCGGAAGAGGCGGAGGCCGUGGUAAAGUCCGAUGCGGAUAACCUAAUUAUGGGCGUGAAGGAUCUCGCAAUGAUGGCAAAUUUGGAGACAAGAAAAGAGAAACAAAAAACAAUGCGGAAGAGUGCGGCGGUGCUAAAGCAGGAUUUGUAUACUAUAAUUCAGGGAAAGCCUGGAAAAGAUCGGCCUGAGCUCCGACGACUUUAUACAGUAUUGUUUAAUGGUGUGACAAAUUUGGAAUAUGCCGCUAGGGAUAAUGAUGUUGAAGGAGUACAAAUGUUUAUGGAUAGUAUAGUGAGGACACUUAAUGAAAUUUUGUCUAGAAUAUUGUGAAAAAUAAAAAAUAUUUUUUAUUUAUAUUGUUUUAUAGAUAUUUGAGUAUUUUUUGGGAUUUGAUAUUGUGAGUUUAGUUUUAAGAGAUUUAUUUGAG